CUUGCCGGGGUAGGGCGCCCCAAUCCUAGCUGCCGAGAGCCCCAGGGCCAUGCUUCGGAGGGCGCUGCGGCUCGGCUUGGGCCCGGGCCUCUUGGGCCGGGGGCUAGGCGCACACAGAGAAGGCUCUACUCUGGCCUGGCAUGGAAAGGUGUCGGAGAUUAAGAAGAAGAUCCAGUCCGUCCUUCCUGGAGGGGCCUGGAGUCCGCUAUGUGACACCAGCCACCUGCCCCCUGAACACUCCGAUGUGGUGAUUGUUGGCGGUGGGGUGCUUGGCCUGUCCGUAGCCUAUUGGCUGAAGAGGCUGGAGAAGCGGCAAGGUGCCAUUCGGGUGCUGGUGGUGGAGCGGGACCACACGUAUUCCCAGGCCUCCACCGUGCUUUCUGUGGGUGGGAUUCGUCAGCAGUUCUCGUUGCCUGAGAACAUCCAGCUCUCCCUCUUUUCGGUCGAAUUUCUCCGGAACAUCAAUGAGUACCUGGCCGUGGUCGAUGACCCUCCCCUGGACCUCCAGUUCAACCCCUCUGGUUACCUCUUUCUGGCUUCAGAGGAGGGGGCUACGAUCAUGGAAAACAACGUGAAAGUGCAGAGGCAGCAAGGAGCCAAAGUUUGCCUGAUGUCUCCGGAGCAGCUUCGGAAGAAGUUUCCCUGGAUGAACACGGAGGGAGUGGCUUUGGCAUCUUACGGGUUGGAGAACGAAGGUUGGUUUGACCCCUGGUGUCUGCUCCAGGGGCUUCGGCGAAAGGUCCAGUCCAUGGGGGUCCUUUUCUGCCACGGAGAGGUGACACGUUUCGUCUCUUCAUCUAACCACAUGGAGACCGCCAUCGGGGAGAAGGUGACUUUGAAAAGGAUCCAUGAAGUCCAUGUGAAGGUGGACCACAGCCAGGAGUACCAGCCCGUGGAAUGCUCCAUAGUGGUCAAUGCAGCGGGAGCCUGGUCUGGGCGAAUCGCAGAGCUGGCUGGCAUUGGGAAGGGGCCGUCUGGUACUCUUCAGGGUACCAAGCUGCCCGUGGAGCCGAGGAAAAGGUAUGUGUACUUGUGGCACUGCCCCCAGGGACCAGGCCUGGAGGCUCCGCUUGUCGCAGACCCCAGCGGAGCCUAUUUCCGCCGGGAAGGACUCGGCAACAACUACCUGGGCGGCUGUAGCCCCGCUGAGGUGAGCUCUGUGGGGUCGGGGUGCCGGGGAGAAGACAGAGACCGGGUAUCGCUGAGCAGUCAGGCUUCUUUGGCGGGCCUAGUGCUGGUACUGAUGUCACGGUCCCCUCUGGCUUUGACUUGGGGUCUCUUACCCCCAUCCACCACUUACCAAGCGGACAGAUUAAAGUGGCCAGCGAGGCCUGGGUCUGAUGUGUGUCCUGGGCAACGUAAGCCUUGUCCCCACCUCUGCCCCCAGGAGGAGGAACCAGACCCAGGGAACCUGGAAGUGGACCAUGAUUUCUUCCAGGAGAAGGUGUGGCCCCAUCUGGCCCAGAGAGUACCAGCUUUUGAGACUCUAAAGGUGCGGUGCGCUUGGGCUGGCUACUACGACUACAACACCUUUGACCAGAAUGGCGUGGUGGGCCCUCACCCCCUCGUCGUCAACAUGUACUUUGCGACGGGCUUCAGUGGCCACGGGCUCCAGCAGGCCCCCGCCGUGGGCCGGGCUGUGGCAGAGAUGAUGCUGGAGGGCCACUUCCAGACCAUCAACCUGAGCCCCUUCCUCUUCAGCCGCUUUUACUUGGGAGAGAAGGCCCAAGAGCACUGUAUCAUCUGAGCCCCGCCCCUGGCCCGUGCUCACACCGCCUCACUGCUAGAUUGCUCCCCAGCACCACCAGGGUCUCCUCCGCCCCCCUCUCGUCCAGGCCAUCCUGCCCCCGUAUGGCUGGGCAGGCGGGCCAACCACUGCCUAAGGCCCAGGCUGACAGAGAACGAUGGGGUGGGACCCCAGGACUGAUCAUGGCCCAGGCUGAUGCCACCCACCAGGAGCCCAGCCGGACAGAACACCUCGGAGGACCUGAGCACCGUGGCCCAGGACUGGCUCCUUCGUGGGACCGACCCAGAAAGACUGCCUCUGCCCCUGUCGGCAGAGCCCAGGCAGGGAGCAUUCUGGGGCAGCCCGACCCAGGUCUAUGGACUUGUCUACUUAACCUUUUCAUCGAUCAAGAAACGUGAUGAACGCCUUCCUUUCAGUCUUCUGUCCCUUCCUCUUUUCACCUCAUGUUACCCCACUUGCCUUUGAUAGCGGGCUGGGAGAAGCACAGGAGCGCUCUUAAAUCCUGGGUGUUAGGCA